AUGCCAGUGUCCACAGCACCGGCACCUCAUACACCGGUGCCCACCGAACGCACCACUGUUAAGGGUCACGAUAGCAUACAUACCAAGGCUAUUACACCGGCGCCGAUGGCUGGUAAUAAUGGCAACUCAAAUGCCGUCACCAAUCAUAAGUUAUUGAUAAAUAGUACCGGUGCUCAAGAGCUCCGACAGGCGGCCAGCGCUGGGAAUGUAGCGCUUGUGAAGGAAUUGUGCAAAAAGUCUGUUCCCUUCGACGCUGACAUUGAGGGCCGAACAGCACUACAUUACGCGUCAGCCAAUGGUCACAGCCUUGUCGUCAACCAAUUGAUUGAAUCGGGGUUUGCGGUCAACGCCAAGGAUGCCUUGGGAUACACAGCAUUACUACAUGCGGCCACUGAUGGACACGUAGAUGUGGUCCAACUGUUGCUCAAGAAUAAGGCCAACGUUGAUGCACAGGACGAUGUGCAUUAUAACAGUGCACUACACGAGGCCUCGUGGAAGGGCUACAGUCAGACCAUUGAGAUUUUGUGCAAAAACAAAGCCAACCCUUACCUCAAGAAUAAGCAAGGUCACAGUGCACUGCAUUUGGCAUGUCAACAGGGUCAUAAUCAAAGUUGUCGUAUUCUACUCAUCAAUGGCUGCAAACCAGACAUCAGGAAUAAUAUGUUAUUUUGUGAUGAGGGAGAGGUUGUGAUGCCAUAG